GUUGCAGGAAGGAAUUCUAGUGACUGCAGCCAGAGUGCACCGGGGAAUAUGGAGAACACCAUUCUCAGCCUGCAACUUGGGAAAAAUGCUUUGAAUCUGCUGCCGUGUAUGUAUCUGCGUGACGUUCAGAACAAGACCAUUUUCACUUCUCUGCUCAUCCUCAUGGUCACAGAUGCACUUGUUACAGGAUUCCUGAUGUUUCUCUGGCUAACUGGGUGGCCUCUGUCGCUUGGUUUGGAGAUGGUGGCUCUGCGUUUCCUAUACUUUCAGAAUGAAACCUACCGCUGUGUUUCUUUGUUGGUCACAAUGCUUGCCUUUGGUGAAGAAUGGUCCCGUGCUCGCUUCAGAAAAUGUGCUGAUUCUGGUGCAGCUGAACAGGCUUUCUCACUGCAGUGUAAUUUGCUAAGUCUGACCUGCUGGCUGAUUGCAAUAUCUAAUGUCUAUCCUGUUGCAAGUACCAUCUCUGUGUUGCCCAACACGUGUAAUGAUUGGAAUUACAGGUGCCUGUUUACAUUUCUCAGUGACUUUGAGACCUCUAACAAGCUACUUCCUUGUAUUGGUGGUGUGCUCAGCAUAACUCUACUCUAUGGCACGCUGCAGAAAACAGAUCCUGCUGUACCAGGACUCAAACUAAGCAUAAGGAGAAAGCCCAGCAGCUUUAUGAUCUCAGUUCUGAGUGGCACAUUUGCUGCACUAUUCUUCUGGAUCCUUCCACCUUUCCUGGCAGUCAGUUCAUGGUCAGCACUUGCUCUUGAGGUAUGCUACAGUAUUUUAAGGACCCAGAACCCUGAUUCACUGAGCACAGUAAAUAUCAAUGAAGGAUAUAACCAACCUGCUACUACAAUGGAAAAACAUUAUACUUAAAAUUCAGGGGUCCCCAACCUUUUUAACUAGUGAGCCAAAUUUAAAUGUAAAAAGACUUGGAGAGCAACACAAGCAUAAAAAAGUCCAAAUAAGG